UUUUGCUCAAAAUUAUUAGUUUAGAGGGUCACCCCACUCUGCCUCUCUGCACAAAAGAGAAUUUCCCUCUUUUAACAUCCAAACGGAAAAGAAAAAAUCUAUCUAAUAUGUUUCUUCAGACUUUUUAGUUUUAGUUCACAUCCUGCCAAAACGCAACUCUUCCCUUCAUAAAACGACACUCACUACCAUCAUCAUCAUCUUCUUCUUCUUCAAAGGCAUGCUUAUUAUACCCUUCUCCCCUUCCUCUCCAUCGCUUUCUGUUUUCUCCAUCUCUCAAUCACACCCAGUAGAUAACCGUUGACUUUUUUAAGCUCUUGAUAUAUUUUUUAAAUUUAUUACUCACCAAAAAUCAAUUUUUAAGGAAAAGAAAAAGGGAAAUGGACCAAACGGUUCUUGAUGAUAUAAUCAAACGGCUAUUAGAGGUUCGGGGCAAACCCGGAAAGCAAGUUCAGCUAUCGGAGGCCGAGAUCCGACAACUCUGUGUUGUGUCUAGAGAGAUUUUCUUGCAACAGCCUAAUUUACUUGAGCUUGAAGCACCCAUCAAGAUUUGUGGUGACAUCCACGGUCAAUAUUCUGAUCUUCUAAGGCUGUUUGAAUAUGGUGGAUUACCUCCACAUGCAAACUACUUAUUUUUGGGAGAUUAUGUGGAUCGAGGCAAGCAAAGUCUAGAAACAAUAUGUCUUCUCCUUGCAUACAAGAUAAAAUAUCCUGAAAACUUCUUCCUCUUGAGGGGAAACCAUGAAUGUGCUUCUAUAAACCGAAUAUAUGGUUUUUAUGAUGAGUGUAAGAGAAGGUUUAAUGUUAGGCUAUGGAAGAUUUUUACAGAUUGUUUUAAUUGCCUACCAGUGGCAGCACUAAUUGAUGAGAAGAUUCUCUGCAUGCAUGGAGGUCUUUCUCCUGACCUGAAUCAUUUGGAUCAGAUUAGAAACUUACAGCGCCCAACUGAUGUACCGGAUACAGGUUUGCUUUGUGAUCUUCUAUGGUCAGAUCCUAGUAAAGAUGUUCAGGGUUGGGGAAUGAAUGACAGAGGAGUUUCAUAUACUUUUGGUCCUGACAAGGUGACAGAAUUUCUUGAGAAGCAUGAUUUGGAUCUCAUUUGCCGUGCUCACCAGGUUGUGGAGGAUGGAUAUGAGUUCUUUGCCAACCGACAACUUGUAACUAUAUUUUCAGCACCUAAUUAUUGUGGGGAAUUUGAUAAUGCUGGUGCUAUGAUGAGUGUGGAUGAGACGCUCAUGUGCUCUUUCCAAAUAUUAAAGCCUGCCGAUAAGAAGUCAAAGUUUAACUUCGGGAGCACAACUACAGCAAAGCCUGGAAACACUUCAGGAGUUGGUAUUUUUGGGAGUACAACUACAGCCAAGCCUGGAAACUCUCCAGCAGGAGUCAAGUCCUUCCUGGGUACAAAAGUAUGACAGUUGGGCAUCUGGUUAGAGUCGGAGCUUAGUUGGCUCACAAACACGCUGAGAUUGUUAUAACUGGAAACUUUUGAGGUCCAUUUUAGUUCCAUUUAUAAUAUGCAGAAAUUGUAUAAAUUGGAAGAGAAAAAUAGAAACUAAUGCUAAAAGAAUUUGUUUUCCUUUCUAUAAAUUUGGGGUUGAAGAAAGAAGGCUGUAUUCGCCUUCUCUUCCUGAUUGUACACUAAUAGCUGCUAGAGUUGCCGCUAUGAAUUAUUUCAGUGUUGCGCUUAAUCCUUAAUGUUUUGCACAUCUCUGAGAUCA